GUGAAGUAAAUUCGGAUGUCGCUGGACGCACGAAUCUCGCAGUCGUUGAAUAAGCAAGUUUUUGGUGUUAUAAAAGCAGCAACUGAGAGACAGCUUCCAAUGGGUCAUCAAUUGAGCAGGCCACCAACUGACGUCGUUGCCAGCCGCAAAAGCCAACUUGCCCACAAUACCAAGAGCAAAUCAAAGUCAAGCCAAUAUCAGCGACGCAGCCAAGCAGCAGCUGAGUUAGAACUGCAGCGGGAGCAGCAGCAGAGGGAGCGGCAGCGGGAGCAAGCGAGGUAUAGCUUGCAGAUUGCGGAAGGAGGCGAGGCGGCGACGAACACGGGAACCGUUGAGGAGGUGCGACAGAUAAUAAUUAAAAUACAAUUGGCCGAAAUGCAGAUUGGCAAUGGCAAUGCGACGGGUGAGGAGCAGGUGCAGCAAUUACAGCUCGAGCAGCAGCAGCAGGAGCUGGCAUUAGUUGAGGGCGCCGCAGCGUCUGGGGCAACGACGGUAGCGGACACGCUCAAUGCAAAUGAACAAAUUGUGAAUGUGACGUUGGGUGCGGCAAUAGCAGGAGGAGCAGCAGCAGCGACGGUGGCGGGAGGCAAUGGAACGGGGGCGGAUCCCAAAACCACAUCGGGGGCAGGUGCUGCGUUACGAACUGCGGGCAGUUCAACGGAAGCGCCAAAAACAAACAUCGAAAGACAGCUCGUCGUUGUGAAUAACAACAAUUUAGCGGGAAGCGUUGCGUCGGCGUCGGCUGCGGUCAAAACGCUACAAUUGCACGAAGUUAACGACGACGCCAUCCACGACGACGACGACGACGAUGAUGAGUCGGAAAUAGCAACAUCGUCGUUGCUGCGUCGGCGUCGCAGCAGCAGCGCCGAAGGCGUCGAGUACUGCGAGGUGCUCGAACCGCCGCCAGUCAACGAAAUGUUGUCGAGUGAAGCACAACGCCGUGCGCAAGCAUUAAACAGCGGCAACAGCUGCUGUCGCAAUCGGAGCAGUCGGAGCAGCAAAACCAACUCAUUAAACACGAUGACAACUUCCCUGCCAGAAGCAGCAGCAACAUCCACAGGAGGCAGCACAUCCAAGCGACGCUGUUGCAAAUGCAAAUGCAUCGAUGCUUUGCGCGGGCUGCGCGGCAUGAUGGAGUUUAGCAACAGCAAUUCCAAUGCCAAUGCUGCUGCCAUCAAGGACAAAAAGGAAUCAACGCGCAGCUCAAAGACACGCAGCAGCGCCGACAGACGUUCAACGCCGCCCACGCUCAGCGCAAGCACAGCUGCGUCAACGGGAGCAGCAGCUUCACGUCGACCGAUGCAAAGGCAGCGCAACUCUGUCGCUGUGGCCGAGCCCAGCCAAUUGGCCAUUUGGGCAAGGCCCGCCAAUGCGCAUGGGGAUGUCAUCAUACGCAUCAGUUCACAGCCGCAGCCACAGUUUGUGAUGGAGACGCAGGCGCCCAACAGCUGCACGGUGUGCACUAGCAGCAAUAGCAACAGCAACACCGCAACGCCACUGGUCACCAUGGUGGUGGCAGCUCCUCCGCCAGCAACGCCAGCGCCUCCAGCAGAUGCAGCCAAUGUGCUGCCUCCCAUGCCCAUUGAGGCUCCUCGCCCUGUUUCCGUUGCUGCAAGUGGACCUUAUGGCGUGGGCGUAACGGUGCAUUCACAGAUUGAUUUCAUGCAUUGUCUGGUACCGGAUCUGGAGAAGAUUAUCAAUAGUAAUUUCUACUUUGGCAAAAUGGAUCGCUAUGAGGCCGAGCGUCUGCUCGAGGGCAAACCGGAGGGCACAUUCCUGCUGCGCGAUUCGGCCCAGGAGGAGUUCCUAUUCUCGGUCACAUUCCGCAAAUAUGGAAGAUCACUGCAUGCGCGCAUCGAGCAGAGCGGCCACAAGUUUAGCUUUGAUUGCCAUGAUCCUUGCGUGUUUUCCGCCUUGACGGUCACCGGUCUGCUGGAGCACUACAAGGAUCCGUCGUGCGUAAUGUUCUUCGAGCCGUGCUUGACCAUGCCGCUGCAUCGUCGUCAGACCUUCUCGCUGCAGCAACUGGCACGUGCCACCAUUGUCUCCAAUACCACCUACGAUGGCAUCAAUCAGCUGGAGCUGCCUGGUCAGCUGAAGAGCUAUCUGAAGGAAUACCACUACAAGCAGAAGCUGCGCGUUAAGCCCUGCGAUGCCCACACACCAACGCCGUACUAUGCCAACAUAUAGUCCGCGGCAACGGUGGCGACGACGCGGAGAGCGGAGUUACAAUUGCCAUUGCCACCGCCGCCACUGCCACGCCCACCGAUCAUACCACCGCCACCGGCGGGCUUCUCCUACUACGAGGAUGUGGACAGUGCUGGCGAUGGCGAUGCGGACGACGACGAUGAUGAUGAGGCGGUUAACAUACGCGUCUCGUAUGUGCAGCAUUCCGAGGUUGUGGCGCAGCUCCGCGAUUGCACCGGGCAACGACAGCGGCAACAUCGUCAGCGACAGCAACAUCGACAUCAGCAGCUGCAGCAGCAACUGUUUCGGCUACCCAAUCGCAUGGCUGCCGCAUUUGGUCGCAUGUCCGCCAAUCUCAAUUGCUAUCAGCCGGUGGCAACAACGUCGCAGCAGCAGCGCAACAAUUGCAGCACACAGCAUAGCAAACGUGCCGCCUAAACCAAGAGGAGUUGAUGAUGAAGAAGGUGCUAAACUUAAGCAGGACCAGCAACACAACAAUUUCAACACCCCAUAGACAAUCCCAGUGCAUCGUCGCCGUCUUCAUCUCCAGCUCCACAAAAAAAAAAAAAAAACAAAUACAAAA